AUGGCUGAAGAUGGUCCGAUGGAGGAUUAUCCCACUGAAAUUGAGGAAAACCUGAAUGAUUUUGAGUCCUCUUUGAGCUCUGUCCAGAACAUGGUCCAAACGCUCGUGUCCGUCUCCAGAAGUGACAGUCUGCUUAAAAUGGAUCCUCUUGAUCGAGCUAAAUUGGAUCUGAUGUCUGCAUAUGCCCUCAACUCAAUGUUCUGGAUGUAUCUGGUGACACAAGGAGUCAAUCCAAAAGACCAUGCGAUUAAACAAGAAUUGGAGAGGAUCAGGACAUACAUGAACAAAAUCAAAGAGAUCACGGACAGAAGAAAAGCUGCUCGUCUGGACAAAGAUGCAGCAUCACGGUUUGUUCGGAAUGCAUUGUGGGACGCAGAGGACAAGAAAAGAAAAGACACAGCCGAGCAUCCCAAGAGAGGAAAGCACAUUAGGUUUUCUUGAUUGAAUUGACUGGUGAAACACUGACGUUUUUCCUCAAAUACUCAACAGACUUCAGGAUUAAGCACAACCAAUAUUUGAGAGUGUUGAACUCUGCUGGUUAGCUGGUGAUGUGUUAUGAUGUGUAAAUGUUGAUUAGCAUCAUUCCUUUCAAGAUCGUUUCAAACUAAAGAAGAAACCCAAUGUAAGUUGCAGGUAUUUCAGUACAAUUUUUUAUUAUUGUUUUAUUCAUUUGCAUCUGGAGAGCAUGUUGUAGUUGUUUUUUUUUUUUUUGAGUAUUGGAUCCAUUUUAUAUCUGGUGGUUAUAUAAUCACGAAUGUGGUCCGUUCAUAAUACCUGUCCCAUUAAAACUACUAAAUACUC